AUGGACGACCUGGCUGAGGUAAUUUCCAGGGAUGUGCAGAAGCUGAGCAAUGUCACUCCUUGGGGGAAGAGCCACAGGUAUUCCAGCAAGUUUGAGGCAGGACAAAGAGCAAGGGACAGGUGCCUGCCAGAACAGGGACGGGCCAUUUGGGAGCCAGCCUCAUUUCUCACACUUUUGUUCUCUCCCCGCUCCAGUUCCAGUGAGGGCUUCGGCAUCGCGGAGAAGAUCCUGCUGCUCUCCUUCAUCUCCGCAGUCAUCCUCAUGGCCAUCCUGGGCAACCUGCUGGUCAUGGUGGCCGUGUGCCGGGACAGGCAGCUCAGGAAAAUCAAGACCAAUUAUUUCAUUGUUUCCCUGGCCUUCGCUGACCUGCUGGUGUCCGUGCUGGUGAUGCCCUUUGGAGCCAUCGAGCUGGUUCAGGACAACUGGGUCUAUGGGGAGAUGUUCUGCCUGGUGAGGACAUCCCUGGACGUGCUGCUCACCACAGCCUCCAUCCUGCACCUCUGCUGCAUCUCCCUGGACAGGUACUAUGCCAUCUGCUGCCAGCCCCUGGUGUACAGGAACAAGAUGACCCCGCUGCGCAUCGCCGUGAUGCUGGGAGGCUGCUGGGUAAUCCCGACCUUCAUUUCUUUCCUCCCUAUCAUGCAAGGCUGGAAUAGCAUUGGCAUCAUCGAUCUGAUCCAGCAAAGACAAUUCAACAAAGCCUCCAACUCCACCUACUGCAUCUUCAUGGUGAACAAACCCUACGCCAUCACCUGCUCCGUGGUGGCUUUUUACAUCCCCUUCCUGCUGAUGGUGCUGGCCUACCACCGCAUCUACGUCACAGCGCGGGCACACGCGCGGCAGAUCCGGCUGCUGCAGCGCGCGGGGAACCCGGCCGAGCCCAGGCAGCACCUCCAGGAGCCACGGCAGCACCUCCAGGAGCCCAGGCAGCACCUCCAGGAGCCACGGCAGAACCUCCAGGAGCCACGGCAGAACCUCCAGGAGCAGCACCUCCAGGAGCCACGGCAGAACCUCCAGGAGCCACGGCAGCACCUCCAGGAGCCCAGGCAGCACCUCCAGGAGCCACGUCAGCACCUCCAGGAGCCACGGCAGAACCUCCAGGAGCCACGGCAGAACCCCCCUGACCAGCACAGCUCCCACCGCAUGAGAACGGAGACCAAAGCUGCCAAGACCCUGUGCAUCAUCAUGGGCUGCUUCUGCCUCUGCUGGGCCCCAUUCUUCGUCACCAACAUCGUGGAUCCCUUCAUAAACUACACGGUGCCCGGCAAGCUGUGGACAGCCUUCCUGUGGCUGGGCUACAUCAACUCGGGGCUGAACCCUUUCCUCUACGCCUUCCUCAACAAGGCUUUCAGACGUGCCUUCCUCAUCAUCCUGUGCUGUGGGGACGAGCGCUACCGAAGGCCUUCCAUCCUGGGCCAGAGCGUGCCCUGCUCCACCACCACCAUCAACGGCUCCACGCACGUGCUGAGGUCCAAGGUUUUACACGAUGGGCACCACCAGGAACGAGAGAAGCUUCCCAUCCACACCGACCCUGAAUCCCAAGAGUCCUGUUUCCAGUCCUGUUUCCAGUCCUGGGCCAGCAGAGGAAGAACAGAUCCUUCCAGGAGAUCCCAAGGAUUCACCGGCAGCGGGACCGGAAAAUUCAUCCAUCGGCAUCGUCCCGGUGCCUCCUGCAGUGAAUUGCCAGCAAUGUGCAGUGGGGAGCCCGUUGAGGCAAGAAGUUUUCCAGACUUUCCAGUCUCCCCCUUUGCAAAGACCUCAGUCCUCAGCUGCUUCCUGCAUGUCAAUGUUGCCACAUUCCUCGUGAAGAUCUACCCCAGAGAUGCCACCCUGAGCCUAGAAAAUAAAAUUGUACUUUGUCAUAGCGUGUAA